UAAGGGCCAUGGGCCCCCUGCUGUCGCUCGGGGCGGGGCUGCUGGCGCUGCUGCUCUGGGCCCGCUACAAGGGCCUGGGCUACGUCCUGGUCCACCACCGCUGGGUCUUCGUCUGCCUCUUCCUCCUGCCCCUCUCCGUCCUCUUCGACAUCUGCUACCAGCUCCGCGCCUGGAUCGUCCAGAGGCUCCACAGCGCCCCCCGCAAGCACCACCUCCGCGUCAGGAGCAUCCAGCAGCAGGUACAGGAAUGGACAAAAGAAGGCCAAAGAACGUAUAUGUGCACAGGCCGCCCUGGCUGGCUUACGAUAUCUCUUCGUGUUGGAAAGUACAAGAAAACUCUGAAGAACAUAACAAUCAACUUGAUGGAUAUAUUAGAGGUAGACACUGAAAGACAGAUUGUCCGUGUGGAACCCUUGGUCUCAAUGGGACAGUUAACAGCUCACCUCAAUCCCAUGGGCUGGACUCUUCCAGUAGUACCUGAGCUUGAUGAUCUUACAGUAGGCGGCUUGAUCAUGGGGACUGGCAUUGAAAGUUCUUCACACAUCUAUGGACUAUUUCAACAUACCUGUGUGGCCUAUGAGCUUAUUCUUGCUGAUGGAAGCCAUGUGAGGUGUACACCGGAGGAGAACUCUGAUCUAUUUUAUGCAGUACCUUGGUCAUAUGGAACCUUGGGAUUCCUAGUUGCAGCAGAAAUCAAGAUGAUCCCAGCUAAGAACUAUGUGAAGUUGCAUUAUGAGCCUGUGAGAGGACUGAAAGCAUUCUGUCAGAAAUUUGCUGAAGAAUCUGGGAAGAAAGAGAAUCAUUUUGUGGAGGGUUUAGUGUAUUCUUUAGAUGAAGCUGUCAUAAUGACAGGAAUUUUGACAAAUGAAGCUCAUCCAAGAAAGAUUAAUAGAAUUGGGAACUACUACAAGCCAUGGUUUUUUAAGCAUGUGGAGAACUAUCUGAAGACCAACACAACAGGAAUAGAAUAUAUCCCAGCCAGACAUUACUAUCACAGGCACACGCGGAGCAUUUUCUGGGAGCUCCAGGAUAUCAUUCCUUUUGGCAAUAAUCCUGUUUUUCGCUACCUGUUUGGCUGGAUGGUUCCUCCUAAAAUCUCCCUUUUAAAACUUACUCAAGGAGAAGGAAUUCGAAAGCUUUAUGAACAGCAUCAUGUGGUACAAGAUAUGAUGAUCCCCAUGAAAAGCCUUCAACAGUGUAUCGAAACUUUUCACAGUGAUAUUAAUGUUUAUCCACUGUGGCUAUGCCCCUUCAUAUUACCUAAUAAUCCAGGCAUGAUUCACCCUAAAGGAAAUGAAACAGAGCUCUAUGUAGAUGUUGGAGCCUAUGGAGAGCCUAGAACAAAACACUUUGAAGCCAUGGCUUCCACCAGACAGCUAGAAAAGUUUGUAAGGAAUGUUCAUGGUUUUCAGAUGUUGUAUGCAGAUUGUUAUAUGUCCCGUGAGGAAUUCUGGGAAAUGUUUGAUGGCUCCCUAUACCACAAACUGAGGAAGCAACUGCAGUGUAAUCAUGCUUUUCCAGAGGUGUAUGACAAAAUCUGCAAAGCUGCAAGACAUUAAGUCCACUUUGCCUAAACAAGCAUUUAGGAAAAGUUGGACUUAACAAUAAGUAAUUACUCUGCCCUUAAGAAAAAUGUUUUGCUGCUCCAAAGACUUUAAAGCAUAUCUGUGAUUUGAGAGUAAAUACUCCUGCCUUUAUAUGAAAAUAGAGCUAGUAAUUUGUUUUCAAAGGAAUAUCUUUUAUUAGGAUUUUCCAUUUGAAACGUCACUGGUUUAAUAAUAGCUUAGCUAUUGAUUUGUAUAUUUUAGUGAUAUUCAGCAGAAGGGGAAUGAAAACAACAGAAUCCUGAAGUAGAAUAGUGUGACUUUUUAGAGAUAAAACUACAGCCCAACUAGUGAUUGAUAUAAGAGUUCUAUGGGAGCUCUACUUCUAAAAAUGUAAUAGAGUGGAAUCCUGUAUCUAGAAUAUAUCGUCUGUCUUAGAGUAAAGCCAAAUAUGACUGCCAAAUGAAACUGCCUUUCAAAUGUCAUAGUUGCCUAUUACCAUAUCACUAACAUUGCCCAAGAAAUCUAUUUGCAUCAUUAAAUGUAAGCAUGUAUUAGAUUCAUAGUUAUAAACUUGACUGAACACUAUGAAAGACUGUAGCUUAGGGGAGGUUUUUAGCAAUGUAAAUUCUAAUGAACUUUGUUCUCUUUCAUUCUCUUUAAUUUUAUUUAUAUAUUUCUUUGUAUAUUCCCAUCAUAGUUCCUUUGCUGCAAGGAAACCAGUUCCUGGUGUGCACUGAGGCAAGAAGAGAUUAAUGUUCACUCUUCAUGUUUGUUAAAAGCAACUGUGGCUGCAUCUGCACUGCAGAAUUAAUUCAGUUUGACACCUCUUUAACUACAGUGGCUCCAUGCUGUGGAAUUCUGAGAUAUGUAGUUUUGUAACAUAUUUAUCCCUCCUCUGUCAGAAAACUCUGGUAUCAGUUUGCUCAGAUACCACAGCAUACUGCAAAUUCUGGGAUUCCAUAGGAUGCUGCCAUAUCAAACUGUGUUAAUUUUGCAGUGUAGCAUCAGCCUAUGUCUCACACCUAACAAUUCCACUGUACUGUUCAAAAGAGCUGUUCAGAAUCUGAGCUGAGGUUCCUGCCUGUUUACCUCAGUGCUUUCCUGCCUAUUUCCCUCAGUCAUUUUCAUUCACCAGCAGAGCAGCAACAGGAUCAGGAAUCUCCCCAUUGCUUUCACUGCUGGUGUAAAUGAAAAGUUUCCAACUUAUUUCCUAACUUCUUUUUAUUCUUAUGUUCUUUCUCCACCUCUUUUUGAUUUCUGUCUCUUCCAUCAAUUGUCAUUUCUCCAAGGGCGAUCGGUGGCCUAUUGGCCACUAAGCCUGUUUUCAGGAAGUUAUGAACAGUGUGGAAACGAGUUCUCACCUGUACCUCCAUUUCCCAAGUUGCUCUACACAGGUUCUUGUUAGGUUUUCUUUUUCCUGUGCUACUUUAUGUUGUCAGUGCUUCUGUUACACAAGAUGUGGAAUAGCCUGGAAUGGUGUGUAUCUUGGGCUGCAGAUGCCACAUUAAUGAGUUUAAAGUGC